AUGUUAUCACUUCUUAGCCGGCCCAUGUUCCAGAUAAGAAAGAUAACUAAGGAACAGGCGGAACGAGAGUUGCGAGAACGACGGAGCAAAGCGGCGAGUCGUAUUUUCAGAGGCAGCAUCGACAAUCUGUCUCAAAAUAGAGGGUGGACAUUUGAAGCUGGAGUAUGAGUGUCAGUGGGAGUUGUUUGAAUUCUGGGGUUUCCAGUCUACUCCCUUACAACAGAAAUCCAUGUCAUUUCCGAAAAUGUAGUUCGAGGAUUUCAAGCAUCCAACCCUCACACAGAAACAUUAUGUCUUUCAGUUGUGGAAGCUCCAGGGGACCUCUUCCAGAAAUUAAACCGUAUGCAUCUUUAGGCAACCAGCACUUCCUUCUUUCUACUACAUCAUCACCACUCUUACAUGGAGAAAAAGGGAGUUUGUUUCAUACCAUUCCCAGUUUUCCUAAAAGGAAUCGGCAAUCGCUGGCUCCAAAAGCAUCCAAAGAUGUACCUUCCAGUUACCGAUAUCCUGCUAUGACGGAGAAGCCGAAAUGGUGGUGGAGAACUUUGGCCUGCCUCCCUUAUCUGAUGCCUCUUCACGAGACAUGGAUGUAUGCUGAAACAGCCUAUCAUCUACAUCCUUUUCUAGAGGACUUUGAGUUUCUAACAUAUCCUUUCUUGGGAGCAUUAGGGAGAUUACCGAGUUGGUUUCUGAUGGCAUACUUCUUUGUUGCUUACCUUGGAGUUGUGAGACGAAAGGAGUGGCCCCAUUUCUUUAGAUUCCACGUGGUUAUGGGCAUGUUGCUGGAGAUUGCCUUGCAGGUUAUUGGAACUGUGAGUCGAUGGAUGCCUCUUGCUGUCUACUGGGGCAAGGUUGGGAUGCAUUUCUGGACUGCUAUGGCAUUUGCGUAUUUGUUCACAGUGUUGGAGUGCAUAAGGUGUGCCCUUGCUGGGAUGUAUUCCGACGUUCCAUUCGUGUGUGAUGCUGCUUACAUUCAGAUUCCGUACGACUAAUGACAGUAUGUUAGUACUUUACAUUUUGUAUUAUCAUUAUAAAAAUAAGCUCAGAUACUAGAAUGAGACCGGAUUUGUAAUUUUAUGUGCUUACUAUGUUGUGCUGUUUCUCUUUUUGAAAUUUUGUAUAUCCUCGCCACCAGGAUUUAGCCUAUGCGGAUUGCUAGUUAUGAAUAUGUCAAAAAUUCUAGAUUUA